UAACUCCCCGGAAGCAGAGAAAAUAAGAGAGAAUGAAUUGAAUUAGAAAAGAAACGAAAGCGAAGGAAAAAUAAGAGACCAAUUUUAUCUUCCAAUCAGCCUUCCAAAAAAAGAAAAUCUAAAAUUUGUGUUCUUCUAUGGUCAAUCAAUAAAGGAAUUUUAGACGGCGUGAAGCUUUCUUUCUUUUCCUUUUCUUAUCUGGGGGGUAAUUUUAUCAGGUUGGAAUCGGAGGUUGUGUUGGUAAAUUGGUGGAGGAGGAGGAGGAGGAGGGGAAGGAAAAGGGGCUAAUUUUAUUUUAAAAAUCAAUUUUAUGGAAUUUAGCCUCAGAAAAUUGAGAUUCGGGAGGUCCUUUAAUUUUUAAGUUUAUAACUGUUUUAAUUAUGGGAUUAAAGAGUAAUGGUGGAGAUGAUGUGGUGGUGGGUGAUGGUUGCGGAGACGGCGAUGGUGCUGAUUGCCGAAAUGGAGGGAAGUCCCCCGGUUCGGUUUCAUGCUCGAUUUGCCUCGAAAUAGUUACUGAUAAUGGAGAUCGAUCAUGGGCUAAUCUUCAAUGUGGUCACCAAUUUCACUUGGAUUGCAUUGGUUCAGCAUUCAAUAUAAAGGGUGCAAUGCAAUGUCCUAAUUGUAGGAAAAUUGAAAAAGGUCAAUGGUUUUAUGCCAGUGGUAGCCGUUCACACCCGGAAUUUAGUGUGGAUGAAUUCACACAUGAUGAGGACCUUUAUGAUUUAAGUUUCUCUGAAAUGUCAUUUGGAGUCCAUUGGUGUCCAUUUGGAAGCUUAGCACGACUUCCUUUGUCAUUCGAGCAAGGAGAGUUUUCCUCAACAUAUCAUGAGUUAGUGGGACAACAUGCUAUCUUCUCAGAACAUUCAUCAUCUGCUACUCGUCCAUAUAUAGCUUACGUUGGGCCAAUGAUUCAUCCCUCGUCCUCAAAUUCCAGUGGAAAUGUUUCAGAUAGUUAUAGUUUCAAUGGUCACUGGAAUGGUCCAUCAGUGCCUAGUGAGAUACCUACCUCUUAUGCUUUUCCUGCAAUGGAUCUCCAUUAUCAUAGUUGGGAGCACCAUUCCCCUCCAUUCUCCACAUCUACCCGUCAAAUUGGUAGUUCUGAUCAACCUUCAAUUCCAUCUGUCAGUCAAAGGCUGGCCAUGAAUGGUUCGGAUAUGCCAAGACCGGAGUCUUUUAUGCAUCCAUUUGUUGUUGGCCACAGUUCUGGUGCUAGAGCAGCAAAUGCGGCUCCUGCCUCGUUUAUACCUGCUUACCAUGGUAGCAAUGCCCAGACCCGUGAUAGAGUUCAAGCACUUCAGGCAUACUAUCAACACCAUCACUCUAGCACUUUGCCAGCAUUACAGACUCCCAGUAUUUCCAGCUCCCCUAGGUCAAGAAGCCGUAGAAGUCAGGCUUAUGUUGGACCGGUGGCUUCAUCAUCCGACCAUACAAGUGGCUUCUAUUUCGUUGCAUCAGGUACUUCCGGCGGUCACAACUUUCAAGAUCCAGAAAACCCUGUGUCAGCUCACUUCCAUGCUUGGGAAAGAGAUCAGUUGUCUUCAUUUUCACUAAACCAAGUCGACAGAGAUUCGGGGUGGGUUGCAUUCCACGAGGCUGCAACCAGCGGUUCGGAUCCUGGCAUAAGACCAAGCAUCUUCCGCCAAAGACACGGAUCCGAGUCGCAAAGACAUUCAUAGUGAUUUCUUCCUUUAUACCCACCUCUUGGGUAAAGCAAACGAUAUCUACUAUGAAUGAAACCAUUUAUGUAUGUUUAGUGACAUUGAUGUGCGAAUGCUCGAGUCUGUUAAUCCAGACAGGCUGAAAAACUGUGUAAGUGGCCCAAAAAAACAGUUUUUUGGUAGCCAUGGCGGUGUGCUGUACUCACUUCAUCUACUUCGGCUUUAAGGAUAUAAAAUUAAAAAUUAAGGAAAAAAACAUGCUUGAUAGUA